AUGGUACCGCCAACGCUCUUCAAUGCCUUCGUCAUCGGCGCCGUGGGCUUCUUAAACCCCGGCCUCUGGAAUGCCAUGUCCUUGCUCGGCGCUGGCGGCGUCCAUGAACCCUACCUUGUUAACGCGGCUAACGCCCUUGUUUUUUGCCUUAUGGGCUUUCUAUGCCUUUUUAGCGGAUCCGUUGCUAACUGCAUUUGCCUUGCCUGGACUCUCUUUCUUAGUGCGGUUGGAUACCCCGUGUACUCCGCUGGACUGUAUAUGAAUAACUGCUACGGCACUGAGUGGAAAGGUAGCGCCGAAAGACAAUUACGGACAAAACAUGAUGCGGUCGCGGAACAAUACCGCGGCGUUGUUACAGGAGAGAAGGAAUACCAGCAGCAACAACGAGUGGCUUAUCCUGCUUGGUGUGGUGACGUGCGGUGUCUCCGCAGGCUUAUUAUGGGCAAGCGAGGGCGCUGUGGUGCUGGGGUUUCCGGAGUUCGAGAAGCAAGGCCUGUACAUGAAUUUCUGGCUGUGGUUCCGCAUGGGCGGCCCGCUCGAUGCCAGGCCAUAGUAGGCCAUGGUGCCGCCGCUCAGGCUGACUUCAGGUUGGCCAAAAUAGUUUCGCUGACCGCCGAUCGAUGA